UGUACAGACCGGGAAUUGAUUGUUGCGACGAGCUUGCUAUGUGUUCGGGAGUAUGUCACGGGCUGAGACUUGCUGUUAUAUCUCUUUUUUGUGUCUCAAGCGUCACCUCAAUCACACACGGUCAGAAUCUGAUCUGGGCUCAGCGCAGUCCGUCAGGUGUCGCUCGUAUCGUCGGUAUCCCUGGUGACCCGGCAGACUGGGUGGAAAGCAAGAAAGCCUCAACUCGCUACAUCACCGCCCCAAACAAAGACUGGCACUUCGUCGCCCUGGCUCACGACUAUCGACAGAAAAUCCUCUACUGGAGCGAUCGGGGGAACAAGAAGCUUCAAGGAUUACGGCUUAACGGGUCGACGCACGCUUUCACGAUUUUUGGCGGGAUUUCCAGUCGCGUGGAGGGUCUUGCCGUGGACUGGGUGGCGGGGAAUAUCUACUGGGUGGACGCCGUGUAUAACUGGUUAGUGGUGGCACCGGCCACGGAGCAGACUGGAGCGUACAGGGUGCUCUUUGAUGACCUGGAUACCCCCAUGGGGGUCGCUGUUCACCCACACGAGGGGCAUUUGUUCUGGAGCGACAGAGGAGCAGCUCCCAGAAUCGAGAAAUCCACGCUUUCGGGAGAAAAUCGCGAGAUUCUCGUCAAUUCGGGACUUGUAUCUCCGGGCGCCAUGGUGAUAGACAUGUCACGUGAUCUCUUGUACUGGGCGGAUAACGCAAAAGAUACAUUAGAGUCUGUGGAUUUACUUGGACGGCAUAGGAAGGUGAUACAGACGGCCCCGGGGACCGAUUUUUACGGCCUGGCGCUAUACAAGGAUCUCAUCUUUGUGACGGAACAAAGCAUAAAACAGCUUAGGAUAUAUGGUGAAAAGGAACAGAAAAAUAUACUUAACUUCAACCUUCCCGCGGUACCCUAUGGAAUUAUCAUGUACGACGACAGCGUGCAACCAAAUGGUUCUGUUCCCUGUGAUGUCAUGGACUGCCAGGAUCUAUGUGUGAGCACUGGGCGGGGAGGGGCAAAGUGCAUGUGUACCAAUGGCUUUGUCCUUGACACAGAUGGAAGGUCAUGCAAAGCAGACGACGGUAAAUUUGGCGCCCCACAGCUCAUCUACUCCAUAGGUGGCGCUAUCUGCCGGUUCCAAGCCAAUCUCCCCGACAUGAGCAUGACCAACAUUAGUCUAGAUGACCAGUGCUUUCUGAAGAAUCGAAAGAACGUUGUAUCUCUAUCAUGUAACGUGUACGAGGAGGCGAUUUAUUUCGCUGAGAACGUGACAAGGACCAUUUCCAAGGUGCGAUUGUCGCAUGGAGAAGCGCCACAGGUGAUAGCUGGAGGACUGGGGCACGUGGAAGGGCUAGCCGUAGAUUGGCUGGGCAACAACAUCUACUGGACGGACUCUGAGAUGCGCCAUAUUGCAGUGUCCACCCUAGCUGGCCGGUAUCAGCACAUUCUAAUACAAGAUGACCUGGAACACCCCAGGGCUAUAGCCGUGGACGCCGUCAGAAGGAAACUUUACUGGAGUGACAUAGGGUCCAAGCCCAGUAUCCAGGUCGCUAAUAUGGACGGAGGAGGCCGAGCCACGCUGAUAGAGACCUCCCUAGGGUCCCCCAAUGAUAUCACAGUGGACAUGGUGUCCAAAAGUCAUGUUCUUUGCCGUCGUGUUCCAUUUCCAGCAGACGACGGUAAAUUUGGCGCCCCACAGCUCAUCUACUCCAUAGGUGGCGCUAUCUGCCGGUUCCAAGCCAAUCUCCCCGACAUGAGCAUGACCAACAUUAGUCUAGAUGACCAGUGCUUUCUGAAGAAUCGAAAGAACGUUGUAUCUCUAUCAUGUAACGUGUACGAGGAGGCGAUUUAUUUCGCUGAGAACGUGACAAGGACCAUUUCCAAGGUGCGAUUGUCGCAUGGAGAAGCGCCACAGGUGAUAGCUGGAGGACUGGGGCACGUGGAAGGGCUAGCCGUAGAUUGGCUGGGCAACAACAUCUACUGGACGGACUCUGAGAUGCGCCAUAUUGCAGUGUCCACCCUAGCUGGCCGGUAUCAGCACAUUCUAAUACAAGAUGACCUGGAACACCCCAGGGCUAUAGCCGUGGACGCCGUCAGAAGGAAACUUUACUGGAGUGACAUAGGGUCCAAGCCCAGUAUCCAGGUCGCUAAUAUGGACGGAGGAGGCCGAGCCACGCUGAUAGAGACCUCCCUAGGGUCCCCCAAUGAUAUCACAGUGGACAUGGUGUCCAAAAGACUGUACUGGACAGACAGCGUGCUCCGGAGAAUAGAGUCCGUGGAUCUCCGAGGCAGAGACAGGAAGACGCUGGUGGUCACCGGGGAUUCUGAGUUCAGGGGACUGGUCACCUUUAAGGACUACUUGCUGUGGACCGACCAGGGUACCCGGAAUGGGCUUCAUAUCGCUAUGAAGGAUACAGGUCAGAAGGUCCGCGGCGUCGUCCAUCCUAAUACCGGCACGGCGUAUGACAUACUGGCUUAUGAUUACCAGCACCAGCCAACAGUGGAAGGUGCGUGCGAUGAUGAAAAUGGCGGCUGCGAUCACUUAUGUCUUCUAAAUCAGGAAGGACGGUCUUGCGCGUGCGCAAUAGGUUAUUCGCUUGCCUCUGAUGGCAAGAGGUGUCUGUCAGAAACGGUCAAAGACGACUUCCUCAUAUUCACAGAUACUUAUCAAAAGCAGAUUUUCCAAAUGUCUCUUAAAGACAGCGAAAUCAGGGCGGUCCCACUGAAAGGACACGAGAACCCGAUAGCGGUGGACUACGACCCCAAGGAGGGGCGUGUCUACUGGUCGGACGUGUUAAUGCAGGUGAUUAAGAGGGCCUACAUUAACGGCACGGGGCAGGAGAUCAUCAAAGUACUGCCAGACGCGUCUGUGGUUGACGGCGUGGCCGUGGAUCCCUUGUCACGUCUGCUGUAUUACACCGACACGGGUCGUAAUGUGAUAGGAGUCAUGUCCAUGGACGGCAGAUAUAGUAAGAUAUUGAUCAAUGAGAGCUUGGAUGAACCGCGUUCUAUUGCUCUGGACCCAAUGCACGGACACAUGUAUUGGACGGACUGGGGAGAGAGACCAAAGUUGGAGCGGGCAAACAUGGACGGGUCCAGUCGACUGAGUAUCAUUAAUUUUGAUAUCGGGGCGUGGCCGAAUGGUCUUGCAGUGGACACAGGCGCGGGGCAAAUAUACUGGGCAGACGCCCGCUUUGACAAGGUGAUGACAUCAAAUUUAUUUGGGCAGGAACCGCGAUCUUUGUUCGAAGACAGCAACGCGCAUUAUUUCGGUAUCGCCAUUGCUGGCGAUUACAUUUACUAUUCCGAUUGGAGGAAAAAAUCUGUGAUGAGGAUAUCCAAGUAUGGCAGCAGGUCUCCGACACCCGUAGGCCCAGCUCUUUUUAACAGGCUCAACGACAUCCACGCCUACAGGAAGUCCGAGGCCAUGGCAGGCCGCAACGCUUGUUCAGAAUAUAACGGUUUCUGCAGCCAUCUCUGUUUGCCCGUGCUGGGAGGGAAGCAGUGCGCAUGUCCAACUGGAAUGUCUCUUAAGAUAGAUGGUUUCCAUUGCCAAAACGGUCACUCUAUCUUUACUUACUAUACCCAACAUACUACGAGAUCCACCACACCGCUUACCACUCGGCGCACCACGACGCCCUUCGAGGUCAUCAGGGGUUCAGUAGGACGCUGGACAACCGCUGGGGGCGUGGGCGAUAACAGGUCACAAGUAGGUGGCGCUGUUGAUCGAUUUAAGUUAGAAAAGCGCGGGAAGACGACUGCAAGUGUGGAGAGUUCCGAUGGUGGAAGCAACGAGGAGUUGAAUAUUAACGGGAGGACACCAGGGACGCGGGCGUCUACGACGAGGUCCUCAACUACGACAGUGUCACCAUCCCCUACACCGCCUGCGACGUCUUUGACCACUCCUUUCCUGUCAAACCAAACGACAACCUACAGAACUAAUAAGGAUUUUGUAGCAACCGAAAGUACGACAUUUAAGCCUGCUACGACGUCGCCGACACCGAUGCCGAUUGACUCCACUGAGUGGACGGAUAUAAAGACUGAUAGACAAACUGACAGACUAACAGACAGACAAACAGACAGACCUCCCCCUUGGCCGUCAGAGUCCUCUGUCAGGACAGAAUAUACCACUGCAUUUAGCAUGCGUAGCACAAGUACUGCUAGCAGUAGCAUUGUGCCAGCAUAUGUACAAAGUAGCAGUAUUAUCACACAGAGCAUAGCUAGUACAACUAAUUCUUACACAGUGACUGCAACUGCUACCAGUGUCGCUACAGGAUCCUCAGUUAGUCACGUGGCUCAACCAGUGACCCGGAUGUCGUCAACUACCUCCCCUCCCAGCACGCGUCAGACGCCGAGAUCUACCGCGUUCCAGUCCCGUCCAGUGCUCAACAUCAGUGAAACCGCAACCUUGACUGCUCCCCCUGGCGAUCAGUUUGUUACUACACAACUUACCAACUACUCUACAGUGCCAAAGCCGUCUAUUACCACAGAACAAAAUACCAAGAACAGUUCAGUGACAGUGAGUUCUUCCAAAGAGCGCACAGAUCUCGCAACAAUAGGCAUCAUUAUUGGGGCGGCGGCAGGUGGCGCCUGUGUCGUCAUUAUGGCGAUCGUCUGCGUGGUUGUUGUUUGUAAACAAAGGUCUUCCAGAAAACCGCGAACACAGCGAAGCGGUCACGGAUUGUAUAUUGAUCAGACCAAUUUUAACACAAUGGAAACCUCUUUCUCAAAUGGCACACGGCCGCCGUCUUCAUACGAUCCCAUAGACCCUAGACUAUUCUCCACAGGCUUUGACAACCAGACCUUCAGCCGCCCGUCAAGCAUAUCCACCUCCGAGUUCACAACGUAUACAGAUCCGGCCCCUCCCGAGGAUAGACAUCAUCAUUCCCAUCAUCCCCAUCACCACCACCAACAGGGCGGGUUCUCCACUUUUAAGGUGUAAAUUCGUAACUCGGUAGACUCAUAGGGCUCAUGUUUUAUUUUUCAAUUGACCCAAUUGUGCAAAUAAGUAUUAAAGAGUACUUUUUAAUGUUUUUUUAGUAAAUAACGGUGUAUAAAUCUUCAAGUUUAAACACGAAAUUAACACUGCUGUGAAAUAAAUGCACAGAAACUUCAGAUCAGAUUGCUCAUAAUUUUGUUUAUAAAGAUCGACAAGUUUUUCAUGCAGAAAGAUGAAAAAAUAUGGAAAACGCGUAUAUAAUCAAUGUCUGAAUUAAUCAUUUAAUUGUCUGAUAAAUCAUCACUUAUUUAAGUGAUAAGGACUAAAGGGUGACUUUCUUGAUUA